CGACCGAUGACGUCGAACAAGGGCGCCGGGUACACGUCCUCCUCGAUGGGCGCCGCCGGCGCGUCCGGCGCGGCCGCCGCCGCCGCCGCGCUCGGAGGCGGGAGCGCCUUCCCGGGCGCCGGCGGCCCGCGCGGGCCCGCGCCGCCGCUUCUGAAGCCGGAGGACGACGGCCCGCACGGGAAGAUCCGCGCGCUGAACAAGCAGGUGCACGACUUACUGGAGAAGAGCUCCGUGGCGGGGACGAAGGAGGAGGAUCCGCAGAAGGCGCUGGAGCUCGCCAAGGAGUGCGCGAAACGCGAGCGGACGCUGUGCCGGACGCGGGAGCAAAACGGCAAGGCGGACGACAUCGACUUGGACCUUCAGUACGCGGUGACCUUGAACCUCGCGGAUCGGCACGACAAGGCGGGUCAGGACCAGGAGGCGUUGGACCUGUACGCGCAGAUCGUGAAGAAUAAGAAUUACCCGGAGGGAGGGAAGCUGCGCGUGAACAUGGGGAAGGUGUAUUUCGACCGCGGCGAAUUCCCGAGCGCGAUCAAGAUGUACCGCAUGGCGCUGGAUCACAUCUCGCACGAGCAGAAGGGAGUGCGGUUCAAGGUGAUGCGGAACAUCGGGAUCGCGUUCGUGAAGAUGGGGCAGUACGUCGACGCGGCGAGGGCGUUUUCGGACGUGAUGAGCGUCGAGCCGGAUUUCACCUCCGGGUAUAACCUGGUCAUCUGCCACUACGCGACGGGGGACAAGGAGAAGAUGAAGGAGAGCUUCGUCAAGUUGCUGUCGCUGCGCGCGUUCGAACCCGAGGACGAGGAGGAGGAGGACGACGAGGAGAAGGAGGACGACGACACCGUCGGGGACGAGUUGACGCGAUAUCUGCGGACGCAACAGCUGGACUGUCAUCGAAAGAUUCUCGCCGCCGCGAAGCUCAUCGGGACGACGAUCGGAGGAGGGAGCUUAGAGCGCGGGUACGAGUACCUCGCGGACGAGAUGCACAGGUUCGGGUACGCGAUCCUCGCGAACGAGCUCGAGAUGGAGCUCGCGCUGAGCCACCUGAAGUCGAAGACGCCCGAGGGAAUGAAGGAAGGGAAGCGGCGUCUUCUGGAGUUUGAAAAGAAAGAGCACGCGUUGAAAGCGAAAGCGGCGACGAACUUGUCGUGGCUGUACUUCCACGAGGGCGACUACGAGAACGCGCAGAAGUACGCGGAUCUCUCCGUCGCGACGGACCGCUACGACGCGCGCGCGCUCGUGAACAAGGGGAACUGUCACUUACAACGCGGCGACCUCGAGGGCGCGCGGGAUUUAUUCCUGGAAGCCGUCGGCGUCCAGGCGGACUGCCACGAGGCGAUUUACAACCUAGGCCUCGCGUACAUCAAGCUCGGCGCGUACGAGGACGCGCUCGCGGCGUUCAGGAAAGUCCACGCGAUGACCCCGGACAACGCGGAGGUGUUGUAUCAGCUCGGGAACGUGUCCGACAUGCUCGGCGAUUUCCCGGCGGCGAUCAAACAUCUGGAGAUUCUUCACGCGAAGGUGUCCACGGAUCCGGGGAUCUUGGCGCGCCUCGGCGCGAUCCACGCCGCGAUCGGGGACGAGGCCAAGGCGUUGCACUACUACCAGGAGUCCCACCGGCUGUACCCGUCGGACAUGGACGUCCUGCGGUGGCUCGGGACGUUUUACGUGAAGACUGGGAACUGGGAAAAAGCGCGGGAGCUGUACCAGCUCGCGUGCAUGAUCAAGCCCAAAGACGUCAAGUACCGCCUGCUCGUCGCGACGUGUCUGCGGAAGGUUGGGAACGUCAACGACGCGCUCGCGGCGUACGAGACGAUACACAAGGUGUACCCUGACAACGUCGAGUGCUUGCGUCAUCUGUGUCGUUUGUACGGCGACCUCGGGCGGACGAAGGACGUCGACGAGUGCCAGGUGAAGUUGCGCAAGGUUGAGGCGGAGGACGGCGACGGCGGCGUCGGCGGCUUCGCGAACGAGUUGGCGGCGAUGGGUGUCGGCGAUGGCGCGGCGGGA